GGAGCCUCGGCCCCGCCCGAGGCGCCUCGCACGCGGCCCCGCCCCCGGCUCCGCCCCGCCGGCUUCGCGGGCUGGAGAGCGAGGCGGCCGCGGGCGAGGGAUCGCAGGAUGAGCGAUCGGGGCCCGGGCAGUCGGCAGCGGACGCGCCCCCCGAGCCCCCCGGCCCGCGUCCCGCACGGCCCCGCGCGGCCCCGCGGCCCCGUCCCCGGCCGCGCCGCCCGCGUCCCCUGCGCCCGCGCCCGAGCCCUGCGGGCCAUGCCCGGCCGGCCCUGAACGCGGGCCGGGGGGCGUCCGCUCGCGCCCGGGCCCCGCGCUGGCGCCCCCCGGGCCGCCGCCCGGCGCGGGGGCCAUGGCGUUCACCUUCGCCGCGUUCUGCUACAUGCUCACCCUGGUGCUGUGCGCCUCCCUCAUCUUCUUUGUCAUCUGGCAUAUCAUAGCCUUUGACGAGCUGCGGACUGACUUCAAGAACCCCAUCGACCAGGGGAACCCAGCGCGGGCACGGGAGCGUUUGAAAAACAUCGAGCGCAUCUGCUGCCUCUUGCGGAAGCUGGUGGUUCCAGAAUAUUCCAUCCACGGCCUCUUCUGUCUGAUGUUUCUGUGUGCAGCCGAGUGGGUGACGCUGGGCCUCAACAUCCCCCUCCUCUUCUACCACCUCUGGAGGUACUUCCACCGCCCCGCGGACGGCUCUGAGGUCAUGUAUGAUGCGGUCUCCAUCAUGAAUGCCGACAUCCUCAACUACUGCCAGAAGGAGUCCUGGUGCAAACUCGCCUUCUACCUGCUAUCCUUCUUCUAUUACCUGUACAGUAUGGUUUAUACGCUGGUGAGUUUCUAAGGGGGAAACCGGCCAGGGAGCGAGCCCAGAACGGACCGGACGCCUGUGCACCCCCAGCCCUGCCCCCGGCCGCAGAGGCCACAGCCCUGGGGAGGGAGGGGGCACUGGUGCCCCCUGCCUCCUUUCCACCACCCCCCAAACUGCUGCUGCGGGGCCUUCCCGCCUUCAGAGCCCCCUCCCUGUGGAGUAGGGGGUGGGCAGAGCUCUCCCAAGCACAGGGGCUCCUCUGCCAGCCCUUGGGCAUGGCGGCCAGUCCUGAGUGGGGCGGGACCUCUGGCCUUGUCCGCUUCAGGGGGAGCCUGGGCCCUGCCAAGGGGCAGGACUUGACCCUGGGAGUUCUGGGCCAGCCCCUGCCCUCUCACACCCUGAGGCUCCCCCUGCAGGUGGGGGGGUACCCGCACCAGGAAUGAGCAGGCUCAGCAGGGGGACAGCCCCAGUCCCAGUCUGCCCUCUGCCCUCCCCAGGCUCUCCCUCCAGACUCCUCCCUGCCCCCUGGACCCACGUCCUGGCCACCCCAUCUCUUGAACCUAUUUUCUAUGUCACCUGAGGAGACUGGCACCCCCUCCCCAGCCAUUUGUGACAAAAUAUGAAUAAACUACUGCAAACACA